AUGUGUAGAGAUAAUAUUAAACAACAUGUUACUAAAGAUUCAAAUGAUUAUGACUCAUGUUCAUUAUAUCCUAUCGCUAUACAUAUGCUAAAACUAGCAUCUGGAAAACCUAUAUUUAUCCCACAAGAAACCUGUAAUAAAACUAUAUUAAAUCACUUAAUGUUAGAACAACAAUUAGAACCAACAAAUGAACGUUAUAUAUCAGCAUUUAUUGUAGAUAUAGAAAUAACCAAAGUUAACAAACAUUUACAUUUUCCAAUUAUAACUAAGAAAGAUAAAAAAGGUAAUCAUAAUGUUAAUGAAUGUUGUACAAUGAGAGUAGAUAAUAUUAUGCUUGAAGAUAUGAUUAACUUUCAACAAAUAGAGUUUAAUAUUAUUAGAAAAUAUUAUUGGACUGGAUGUAAAUCUAAUAUGUUUUGUAACGAGAUUGAAAAGAUAAACAAUUUAAGAUUUAAACUUAAAAAAGAAGGUAAUCCGUUACAAAAUAAUUAUAAAUUAUUGAUGAAUAGUUCAUAUGGAAAAACGAUUCAAAAACCAAUUAAAAUUUAA